AACAUUAGUGCUCUGCACGUACGGUUGCAAGCUGCUGGUCACCCAAGCUAGAAACCAUGGUGGAUUCCCCCGCUGCUCGUGAGAAGGUGGAGGAGGCGACCUCGCUGCCAGAAGAAUGGCUCAACCUCGCCAUUCUCUGCAAGGCAUUCGUUUCCAAGGCGAUGAACGGCCUGGGGACGCUGGCGACCAUCUGGGCGACUGUUGUCCUGCUCGGUGGAUUCGCGGUCCUCAUUAAAAAGCAGGACUUUUGGUACGUCACCAUCAUCGCUUUCGUCGAAUCAAUCGGGGUCCUGGGUGGUUACGAGGAUCCCACAUACCAAAUUUUCAUACGCACACCAGGAUUGCUGAUAGACGCUUUGAAGUCGGCAGAUAAGAAGGAGCAACAACCCAGUUUGUGGAGAAGAAGAAUCCAGCAUCAUCAACAACAACAACAAAACCAGUCUAGAGGCACGAGAAGAAACAGGCUGCAGGUUAGAAAACAUAAACAUUUUGAGGAGCUGACCAUGUCCAAAAGAUGCCUCGGGGUGGUCAUCCUUGUGGUCAUGCGGCUGGUCGAGAUCGCCGCUGUUGCCAUAUGCAUUGCCGUGUCCUUUGGGCGUCUCAAGAAGCAGGACUACGUGGACCCCAAGGACAGAGACGCGGCGGACCACCAGAACAUCAGGCUGUCCCUGAACAUCUUCUACGGGCUGGUGCUCGCGCAGAGCAUCAUCUUCAUCAUCAUGCGGCUGAGCCCGGAUUCGCUGUUAGGGUUCCACAUCAGAGUCAAGUAUAGAUUAUUUGGGUCGUCCGGCCGAGAAAUAAUGUACCGCUACCUGAGUGAUAACUACCUAGAGUUCAUCACUGGGAAUGUGCGCACCACCCUCAAGAUGAACCUCAUCACCUUCGCCAUGAAGUUGGUGGUGUCUGACUCCACUGUGGAUGACCAGUUGGUUGGGAUCCGAGCCAUGGACCGCAUCCUCAGAUCAGUGGAGUACAACAGCCUGGCCCUCACGAGGCUUCGAGCAUCUCUCGACGCAGACUCUUUGGGGAGGCUGGUCGGGGUGCUAGGCUUGGUUAGGACACCAGACGAAAAGGAAAUGAGAGGCCAUGCUGCAAGAGUAGUUCUCAAACUAGCUCCAGACAUUCCGGUCGACACUUGUCCUCAAGCCAUGUCUCUCAUCUCUUCUUCCCUGGUGGAGACGGCAAGCAACAUGGAUGUGGAUCUCGUCUGGUUUGGCUUGCGCAUCCUAGACAAGCUCACAGAUAACCAACAGAACUGUCGGCAGGCCAAGGGCGACCUCAGUGAUCUACUGCCCAAGAUCAUAGACCUCACCAACCUCAACCAGCGUGGGCGUGACAGAAGCAUCUCCGACUCUUGGAUUGAACAAGAGAUUAUUCCUCUGCUUGAAAGAGAAGAGGACAUCCCUCCCACUGCCAUACAGAUGAUUGACCAACAGAUUAUUGUUGGCAUGUCGCUCAAAAUCUUGAGCAAGCUGGUUGCCAAGCCUGGUGAUGUUGGGAAGGGCCUCAGGGAAAAGGCCUCAACAUAUAUGAACCUCCUGACCGACAGCGGGACAAUCUUGGAGCACGUGGGAGCAGCAAAAGUCAUAGCAUGCUUAGCACUGAGUGAAGAUCAAAAGCAAGAGAUUGGGGGAUCACCUCAGAUCAUAAGGAAGCUCAAGGAGUGUCUUCUCUCCAAGGAGCCACACGUAGAUAUCACCAAAGUGGCUGCCAAGUUAUUGCUUCUUGAGUACACUACCAGGGAUCAGCUGAACCAGAUUAAGUCGUCCCUCGAGGAGAAGAAUGUUCUGCUGCAAGAUCCAAGCUUCUCUGUACCGACCACGGCCUUCAUAGGAGCACUUGGCCGGGAUCAAAUUUUGCCAUCAUGGAUGCAGAAGCAGCAGAUCGCCGUGCAAGAUCUUGAUCUGGAUGAUCUACUUUCAGCGGAGCAGGAGAGCCGCUGUGAGGCGGCUGCCAAAGCACUAAUUGUGCUAACUAGUGGAUGUGAAAAAAAUGCCGCGGCUGUCCUACAAGAGAUCGCUGAGGAUGAGAUGAAGACAAUAGUGGGGAUGCUCUUCCAGGAGGACCGAGAGGAGAAAAGGAGGAGGAUGCUGGCCCGCUUACAGGAACGCAAUCUUCACCCUGAAACGUCGCGGGUAGUCAAGAAGAUAAUAUGUGCUGAGGGUGGAGGGCGCACAAGAAGCCUGCAUGCAAAGCUCCUACAGAAUCUGCGUGCCCAUGGAGUGACAGCAAAUUCUACUCAUCACAUUCCAGUAAUAGACGGAGCACUGCCAGAGGUGCUAAAAGCCAUAGUUGAUGAGGUGGCCAAGUUGGAGCGUCCAGCAUGUACCAGUGAAAACUUAUCUCAUAAUGAUGGCCCUUGGGUUGAAUCGGGAAAGGUGCUUGAGAGUUUUAUAGGCCUCGCAUUCCAUAUUUGCAAAGGCCUGGAUGCAAGUGGUUUUGCCAAAACACUAGAGGGUGCCAAUCUUACUCUGGACACAUUGGUCAUGAAGCUUAACAAAAUACUAGAAUUGUGCAAGUAUCCAACUACCGAUUUUCCUAGCAUAAGGCGAUCUACACUAGAACUCAUGGCCUGGAUGGUACAAAAGAACAGCAACUACAGAGACAUAUUCCUACAAUGUGGAGUGUAUGAGCAGCUGAAAGAAGUGGCAAAGACUGCUGGAAGAGUUGAGAGAUUUGAGCUGUUCCACUGCGGUGUUGGGGUUGGUGGUAAGGACAUAUCAUACAUCCUUUCUCUUGUGAGUGAAUUAAAGGAACAGCUUGAGCUCUGCCCCCAUUUCGAACAAAGAUCACACUACUACGGGGCACAUGCAGGCACCUUAACUGUUUUGGUCGCCUAACUCGUAUCAUUUCGUUGCUUUUGGCAUGAAGCAUGUCGACUGUGUGUCUAUGGUUGUGCUUUUUAUUUCAAGCAAGAGUGUCUUAAUGUAUUUGUUUAUUAAACUUCAGCUCAUGUCUAAGUGCGGUUGUGGUUUUUGGUCGGUACAAGUCUACUGGCAUGAACAAUUGGUGAGCAGUUUCUUUAUUAUUUUUCAAAACUGUAAUUUUUAAUGACUCUACUGUUUUGUGGAAGCCUUUCAAUAAAAGAAACAAAAUGUUGUUUUUACCACUUCAGAUUUUGCCCACUUUGCUUGUGCCUGAAAUUUCACGAAAUUCCGAAUAAAGGCGUGUUUCUGAAAUUUCGGAUGAAGUUUCCUUUUUUUUUGUCAUAUUUAAAUUAAGGCAUUUGGAAUUCGGGAACAACAUACGAUUUUAGACAGGGUAAGUAUACGACCAAAAGAGCCAAUGUAGCUCACUGGUUAAUUGGAUUCAGUAGCCGUGUUCAAAUCCCAUCGAUUCUAUUCAAUUCAUGCAUCAUUUACCGAUGGGUCCCAUGCAAAUGGGGCACAUUUCACUUCAUACAAAAGGGGUUCUAACAGAUUGGUGUAGUGUUGGGAAUAGAACUGAAAACCAGUGGCAGAAUUCUUUGACCGAUAGCUGUUAUCAAACUACAGGAGCUGAGAAAUCUACUACAUUGGAUGCAUAUGAGCGAUCACUAGGAUACUGUCACUACGGCUCUACCUUGCUUACUGCUACUUUCGCUUAGUAUAACCCUGCUAAUUAACGCCGGGAUCUAUAAACCAGCCUUGCCCCAAAGUAAGUACUGGAGACACUUCAGCUCUUACCCUAGCGGUCGGCAGCCGGCCGGCGAAGUCGACGAAGACGCUGCGCGUGACCUGGACCUCGUCGUCCUCCUCCUCCUAGCCCUCAUGGCGCCGUCCGCCGCGAUGGAGCUGGGCGUGCGAUCCCCGCCCCCGUCCCGGCGGCGAGGGUUUCUCGUCCGGUUUGAGCCCAAGCCGCGACGAUUGACUGGUCAUGGGCCUGCCCAGGUGCUUGGGUAUUGGGCCUCUUGCUGUAGCUGGCCCAAGUCAGAAUGUUUCUUUAAUUUGUUUUACCUUUUGAGAUUGAGCGAACCGAACAUGGCGAAAUCACUCUUUGCAAAGGUCACAACCUGAGAGGUUUUCCUUUUUAUGUAAAUCUGUUUAUUCAAAAAAAAUUAUCUCUUAAACCGUGCGUCCAAAUCUCGAACUAUUUUCAUCGUUGGAUUCCUCAUGCCGAGACCUUCAAAACUAGAUCUCAUGUUGAUAACUUUUGACAAAAAUUUUCACGAAAAAAGGACAAAAAAUCAA